UACGGGUGGGAGAUAGCUGCCCUGGGCAGGCCUGCUUGGCUCCUGCCCUGCUCUCCUGGGAACUGUGGCUCUGCUGAGGGCCAGGACUGGACUGUGCCAUCCCAUCCCAGGGUGAGAGGGGCAAGGGAACACAGCCUCUGUCCGCAGCUGCAUGGGCUCUGUCUCACCCCCUAAAUAUAGCUUGGAGUGUCAGGGCGAGCACCGGGACCGGGCUGUUCCUGGCACCGGCCCUUCUAGGCGCCUGUCCAUGCUGCUGGUGGCGGAGCUGGCACUGGAUGGAGUUGUGGGGCUUCGGGAACACCAGCCUCUUUCUAGCCCUGCCUGAGCUGCCAGUCCCCAGAGCUAGCCGGUCCCGGUGGGAUCAGCCGGUGCCUGGGAUCAGCCACUGCCCGGGAUCAGCCGGUGCCCGCGGUCAGCCGGUCCCGGUGGGGGGUCAGCUGGUGCCCGGGGUCGGCCGGGCCGGGGGCGCCGGUGGGGCCCCGCCGCGGCGCCGUGACUCAGUGUCACCCGACGCCGCCGACAGCUGCCGCGGCCCCGGCGGGGCGGGGAGGCUAAAAUUAGCACCAGGCUUAGCGGGGCCGGGGCUGGGGCCGGGGCAGAGCAGACACCGGGCGGCCGAGGCCAGAGCCGGAGCGGGAGCGGGGCAGUGGUCGACAGAACCGGAUUGGGCCGGGCUGGGCCGGGACCGCGGCAAUGAACUUCGCGGUGGGGCUGAAGCCGCUGCUGGCGGAGGCGCGGAACAUGGAGAGCCUGGAGAAGCAGCUUAUCUGCCCCAUCUGCCUGGAGAUGUUCACCAAGCCCGUGGUGAUCCUGCCCUGCCAGCACAACCUCUGCCGCAAGUGCGCCAACGACGUCUUCCAGGCCUCUAACCCGCUGUGGCAGUCGCGGGGCUCCAGCGCGGUGCCGUCGGGCGGCCGGUUCCGGUGCCCGUCGUGCCGCCACGAGGUGGUGCUGGACCGGCACGGGGUGUACGGGCUGCAGCGGAACCUGCUGGUGGAGAACAUCAUCGACAUCUACAAGCAGGAGUCGGCCAGGCCCCUGCAUGCCAAGGCCGAGCAGCACCUCAUGUGCGAGGAGCACGAGGACGAGCGUAUCAACAUCUACUGCCUGCGCUGUGAGGCACCAACCUGCUCCCUCUGCAAGGUCUUCGGGGCACAUAAGGACUGCGAGGUUGCACCGCUGCCCGCUGUCUACCAGCGCCAGAAGAGCGAGCUUAGCGAUGGCAUUGCCAUGCUGGUGGCGGGGAAUGACCGCAUCCAGGCCAUCAUCACACAGAUGGAGGAGAUCUGCCGCACCAUCGAGGAGAAUGGCCGGCGGCAGAAGCAGCACCUGGGGCUGCGCUUUGACUCACUGUACAGCAUCCUGGAGGAGCGGAAGAAGGAGCUGCUGCAGAGCAUCGCACGGGAACAAGAGGCGAAGGUGCAGCUUGUGCGGGGCCUCAUCCGCCAGUACGGUGACCACCUGGAGGCCUCCUCCAAGCUGGUGGAGUCAGCCAUCCAGGCCAUGGAGGAGCCCCAGAUGGCCGUGUACCUGCAGCACUCCAAGGAGCUCCUGAAAAAGAUCACAGACAUGUCCAAGGUGUCAAUGAGCAGCCGCCCAGAGCCCGGCUAUGAGAACAUGGACCACUUCUCCAUCAAUGUGGACUAUGUGGCGGAGAUGCUGAGGACCAUCGAGUUCCAGACAGAGCCACUGGGCGAGGAAGAGGUGGAUGGACUUGGGGAUGGCAGUGAGGCUGCGGCAGAUGAGGACCGGCUGGAGAGCCUGGAGGCACCUGAUGCUGCGGAGGAUGUGGGGCCGAGGCAGAAGCCAGCGAGCUCUCCCCAUGGUCAGCACUGAACCUGUACCGUGGGGCAACAUUGGCACCACCAGCUCACCCCUGUCCCUCCAGCCCUCCUGUUGCAAUUCCCCAAACACUGGAGCUGCCCCUCUACAACAUUAAAUGUGUGAGGACAUCA